UGCCGCAUGCUCACACACGCGCGCGCGCACACGGUCAUACACACAACACGUCUUCCAGCCCCAUCCCCUGCUGGCCGGCUCCCAGUGCCAGAGAGGGGCAGAGUGCUGAAGCGGCUGCAGGACGCAGCGCCCCGACCUCAGUUGCCAGGGAGAGACGGAGCCUGUGGCUGGUGAGGCUGCCGAGCAGGGCCAGGCCAGGCCCUGCCUGCAGGGACGCCCAAGCCCUUCUCCAGCCCCUGCGCCUGGGAGCCCACCAGGCUCUCCUGCCGACCCCGCCAUGACUUCAGAGCCCACGUCGCCCCCAGUCGUGCCCCCGCUCCACUCCCCCAAGUCCCCUGUCUGGCCCACCUUCCCCUUCCACCGGGAGGGCAGCAGGGUCUGGGAGCGGGGCGGUGUCUCAACUCGGGACCUGCCCAGUCCUCUGCCCACCAAACGGACCAGGACAUACUCAGCGACAGCCCGGGCCUCGGCCGGCCCCGUGUUCAAGGGCGUCUGCAAGCAGUUCUCACGCUCACAGGGCCACGGCUUCAUCACCCCUGAGAAUGGGUCUGAGGACAUCUUUGUGCACGUAUCUGACAUCGAGGGGGAGUACGUGCCAGUGGAGGGCGAUGAGGUGACCUACAAGAUGUGCCCCAUCCCGCCCAAGAACCAGAAGUUCCAGGCUGUGGAGGUGGUGCUCACCCAGUUGGCCCCACACACUCCCCAUGAGACGUGGUCUGGCCAGGUCGUGGGCUCCUAGGCUGGGUGGCUCCCGUACCAACUGCCUGGGGGGUGGGGGCCGCACAGGGUAGAUGGGCAGCAGCCGGCUCCGUGCCCCACUGCACUGGCUGAUCCAGUGCCCCGGGCGGCCUCAGUGUACACGUCUGUCUGUCUGUCGUGCUUGUGGCCGUUGAGUGUGUACCUCCGUUUCCCAAUGACUGUUGUGUGAGUGGGAUGGUGCCUUCUGUCCACCCUCCCCCGACUUCCCUCCCUACCACACAUGCACAGCACCUCUCCCCUCCUGCCCAUCUGCCUCCGAGCCUCUGAGGGCGUGUGUCAGGGAGGCCUGGCCCCCAUCCUGGGCUGGGGUUUCCCACUGGCACCUGGACCUCUCCCCUAAGAAGACAGACCAAUGAGCCCUUCGGGGACCCUGCCAGCCUCUGGAAGGGGAAGGGGAUGAAAUGUGGGGGCGGACAGGCCCUCACUGCUCUGGCCCGGCCUGCCUUCCUGCGCUCCCUUCGGUGCACUGGAGAGGCAAGAAAGGGACCCAAGGGCAGAAGGUGGUUUGGGAGUUUCUGUUUUGCAAGCCAUGUUUUGCUGCAGCCUGGCAACGGCUCUAUGAACCCCAAACUGGGGCCCUGUCCCCUCCUGUGGGCUACGCUGAGCAGUGUUGCCUCCGCUUCCCCUGAGGAGUCUGCUGAAGGGUGGGGGCACGUCUCGCCCAGCUUGGGUGGAGACACCACCUCCGCCGAAUCACACACCUCACGGAUGCUCUGCCUGUGCCCAGCCACCACGGCUGCCGAGGGCCUGGCGAUGGAUGGCAGCAGGUCCCCUCAGGCAGGGCCAGGCACAGGCACCCACAAGGAUGGCCCCCAGCCUGGAAGACCACCAGCCUUGCAGCCCCUUUGCUGGACCCUCUUCCCAAAGCUGCAGGACGGGGGUCCUGCUGGCCCCCAGUAGCCAGUGGCUGAGGUGUGGUCCCCAUCCUGUCCAUCCCUUACAAUGCGUGUGUGUGUAUAUGUAUGUGUGUGUGUUCAUUUGCUCUUGGCAGGGGGUUGGCCUGGCCUGGGAGGCUAGGGAGGAGAGGCUUUGCCUCCAUCCCCAUCACCACUACACUCCCUUCCAGAGUGCAUCACUGACAGGAGUAGAAAUGGGGUUCAAGGGAGGGCCUGCCAGGGACAAUGACCCUUAUGAGACCCAGUCUGUGAGUAAAAUGGGGCUCAAAUGCCCAGAAUGAAGAGGGUCGGUGACUGUCUGGGAAGACGGCCCCCAGUGCUGUAAGUGCCCUGCAGCCUCAGGGUUUAGAGCAGCUGGGGUGUGAGCAACAUCCCCUACCCCUGGUCCCCACCACACAGAGGCUGGGUGCCCACUGCUGAGUGGUGCUGGCCAGGCCCCCCAAAUUGAGAAUGGCCCAUCCCAUCUGAUACCCCACUCUGAGCUGGGGCUACUCUGGCAAGGCCUGAGGCCUUUCCAUGUAGAACAAAGACUCUGACCUCUUAGUGGAAGGUUUACUGGUGCAGGUUAACUCCUGGGAGCAGACCCCUGCCUUCUAGGCACAAGCCAGGACGCAGGAUGCGGUAACACCAGCCCUGGGGCUUCCUGGGGUGGCAGAGGGGCAGCAGUGCCCCUCCCCAAUCACAGCCUUGCGGUGUCCAGCCAGAAACCCUCCUGAGACCCCCGGCCACUUGGAUGCCCCCCAUACUUCCUAACACUGGCAAUAAACCCUCAACUGUGAUGCA